UACACUGGAGAAAAUAAAAAGUUGAAGUUAGUUCGAACAGAGACUGGGUAUCGGUCUCCGAAGUCAGAACAGAAGAAGGGCAAUGGCGGAAGAAGAAAGAGAGAAGGAGAAGGAGAGGGAGCUGAGUAAGAAAGAGGAGAUGGCACCAUGGGAGCAACACUCUACUGUAAUCAGCAUCCCUCGCUUCGACUACAACGCCCCUUCUUCUCUUCUCCAACACUCCCACUCUGGCUUCCUCAUCACCUGCCCCAUUAAGAGGGAAAAAAGCGCCACAAAAGAAGCAAUCUCCCUCCUUGCAAAGUAUGUUCAGUGCUUUAAUAGAUGCAGUUCAGAAGAAGAAGCCGUUUCUAAAAGAAGGAAGCUUUCCAAAGAGAAUACAGAUGGCGAGGAGGCUACUGCUAACUCUGGGGACGCGCAUGAUGAUGUUCAAGAGGGUCCUCCUUUGCCUCCUGCGAAGGUGGAUGCGGAAGGAGACACAAGCCCUCUUCUUUCGCUGGUUAAGCUUACAAAGAGUGGUUUGCUUCUCUUUACCUUCCCCAAAAACACUUCUCCCGACGUUGUUGAUACUGUAUCCAAAAUUAUGCAUUCUGUGGAAUCUAGGAGUUGUGGUUCACCCCUUUGGUGUCAUCGCAUUUUCCCUAUCCAAGCUACUUGUAGUUUGAAUGAGGAGGAACUGCAUGAAGUUGUAUCAAAGCUUGUUCUUCAAUUUUUGAACAAUAAUCAGAAACUUGCACGGCCCAUAAAGUUUGCGGUUGGGUAUAACAGAAGAGGGGUAGAAACCGAACUGAAUACUUCCAAAGAAGCUUCAAAUGCGGUUGUUUUGUUGGACCGUGACAAAUGCUUUGAAAUAGUGGCUUCUGCAGUCACAGGUGUUGUAUCAGAUUCAGUGGUGGACCUCAAAUCUCCAGAGCUUGCUGUCCUAAUUGAGCUACUACCCCUCUCUCGUGUACCCAAAGAUUCCUUAGUGGUUGCUGUUUCAGUUCUUCCUCAAAACGUCGUAAGCGUGAAGCCACGACUAUGCAUCAAGGCACUGGUUUCUGAUACCAAAACAAAGGGCAAAAAGAAUUAAGAAGGAUUAAAGCGUCUUAUAACAUCUGCCAUGACCUUAUUUUUGGGGAAGACGUUGGAAGAUCAAGAAAAGGAAGAGUGUAUCGACUGACUUUGUAGCUGGUGUUAGAUGUGCUAUAAAAUUUGCUCCAACUAAUUGGACCCCAACAGCAGCAACAGCUAUCCAGUUUUGUAGUUGGUUUUUCUUUUCUUUUUUUCUGUAGUGUUUACUGCUACUACUUGUUUUGGGCAUGUCUGCGCUGAAGAAAC